AGAGGAUGGACGAGCAGAGGGGAAACUUAAUCGCUCCAUAACGAGCCAAAGGCUCAUCAAUUGACGGACGAGCAAGAGGUGCGAUUUUCGGAUCUUUGCUGCUGAACUCGCUUCUUGGAGCGUCAAUUGCGAAAAAGUUAGACUUUUUUCUUUGUUUUUACACGUGGGUCUAUGUUUUUCAACUACCUGAGUUGAUUAGAUUACGUGUUGCACCUUUAAGAAGCAGUCGUCCGGAUUACAAAUACGCGCUAUCCACACCGUUCUCAAGAGGGUUUUUACCCAGCGCCGAAUCCUGGGGAGUCCCUCGCAGUUCGCCCAUACCCUCCCUCCUGUUCGACAAGUUCUGUCCCUUACUUUCCCCACACCAGUUUACAUCGCAUAUCUGUUUAUUGGGGAUUCGGAGCAGUAAAGAACGGUAAAAUGGCUGAGGAGCAGGGAAAAACGGGGAAAGGGAUCAACACUGGGAAACUGGCCACCAACAUGCAGAAAAGACUUAGCAGAGCGCAAGAAAAGGUCCUUCAGAAGCUGGGUAAAGCUGAUGAGACCAGGGACACAGCGUUCGAGGAGGGCGUGGCUAACUUCAACAAGCAGAUGGCCGAGGGCACCAAACUGCAAAAAGACUUGAGGGCCUACCUGGCAGCAGUUAAAACCAUGCAUGAUGCGUCCAAGCGUCUGCAGGACUGUCUGGCGGAUAUGUACGAGCCAGAGUGGUUUGGCAAGGAGGAGGUGGACGCCAUCGCAGAGGAGAUGAUAGAGAAGGAGAUGGACUAUUGCAUGGAGGAGACAGACAUCCUGUGGUCAGAUUACCACGACAAGAUUAUGGACAAUUCCAUGAUCGCCAUGGAUACCUAUCUGGCCCAGUUCCCCGACAUUAAGGCACGCAUCGCUAAGCGGGACAGGAAGAUGACCGACUACGACAGUGCGAGGCAUCACUUUGGCUCCCUACAGAAGGGCAAGAAGCAGGACCAGGCCAAGAUCGCCAAGCCGAUGUCUCUUGUGGAGAAGGCUGCCCCAGGUUGGGCCCAGGGGAUUCUGUCUGCUCAUCAAAUAGCUCAAACUAACCUGACCAGAAACCAGGCAGAGGAGGAGUUGGGGAGAGCUCAGAAAGUAUUUGAGGAGAUCAACGUAGAUCUGCAGGAUGAGCUUCCACAGCUGUGGAACAGUCGUGUUGGCUUCUAUGUUAACACAUUCCAGAGUAUGGCUGGAUAUCAGCAGAGGUUCCACAAAGACAUGGGAAAGCUGAACCAGGACCUGAAUGAUGUCAUGACCAAACUGGAUGAGCAGAGGCUGGCCAAAAAGGCAGGUAAAGACUGGAAGCCUGGACCCAAUAAGAGUGAGGCAGCCCCCGCCAACCACAGCGUUACCCCAGACGCUGCAGCCAAGACGAGGCCGGCGCCCCCUGGACCCGCCCCUGUACGCCCGCCCCCCAGCCCCAGACCUUCGUUGACUCCAGCCCUGUCUCCCAGCCCCAGACCUUCGUUGACUCCAGCCCCAGACACGCAACAGGACAUCAUCUCGUUCGAUGGCGAAGCCCUGGUGCCCGACACUAACACAACCGCGCCGUCACAGGCAACCACUCCGUCACAGCCGCAGUGUUUGGCCCCAGCAGGGGUUAUUAACCUGCUCCAUAUGGACCUGGAUGUACUAUUGCAGACCGCCACAUCUCCGGCACCCAAGGUUGGUGUGUCUCCCUAUUGGUCAGGCAGCAAGGUCACCAGGUCAAGGUUCAGGGGUCAGUCAGACACAGGCUUGUGGUCCUGGUGGUUUGAACCCUUCCCCUGGUUCAGUGCACAGUCUUUGCAUGCUAUGCAUGGGUUCACUCAACGCAUGCAAGGGAUGAACUGACAGCCUUCCUCACAUGGAAGUAAGACCGAGGGUACCG